AUGCUUCUCUGCUCUAUUAAACAAGCCAUUGGCGCGUGUCUAAUGCUGCUGUGCGCGGUUCAGGCACACAACGUGCUGCUGCCACCGUACGGGCGUAGAUGUUUCUUCGAGAACCUCAACAAGGGAGACGAGCUGGCCGUGUCGUACCAGUUUGGUAACAGGGACCCAGACCAUCAAACGCAGUUGACGGGUGAUUUUGUAGUGUAUGGUCCAGAGAGGAACGACGUUCUGAAGGCAGAGAGGGGACAGUCCCAUGGGGACGUGUCCUUGACCGUUCCAUACAAGGGGAAGUUCCAGUACUGUUUUGUCAAUGAGAACUCUGGGAUUGAAACCAAGGAUGUCACUUUCAACAUCCAUGGGGUUAUCUACGUGGACCCAUCGGACCCGGAGGCGAACACGCUGGACGGGGCGGUCACGAGAUUGUCGAACUUGGUCCAUACGGUUCAAGAUGAACAAAGUUACAUCGUCAUUAGAGAACGGACGCACAGAAACACGGCAGAAUCGACAAACGAUAGGGUCAAGUGGUGGUCUGUCUUCCAAUUGGGUGUUGUCAUCGUCAACUCCGUCUUCCAGAUCUACUACCUGAAGAGAUUCUUUGAAGUGACCUCAAUCGUGUAA